AUGGAAAUUUCUAGCUCAAUUGUGUUUGAUCGUGACUGUGAUUCUAGCUUAAUUGCUUUUGAUCGUGAUUGUGAUUCUAUUUUUCCUGCUGGAGUUGGUUUAGUCGACUCGUUUUCGAAACAAUUGGAAAAAAAGAAUGCUAUUGUAUUUGAGGAAGCAGCUAGUUCUGAAUUUUAUGGGAAACAAUUUCCUUCUGAAGAUGUGGCUUAUGAAAUGUUUAAUGAAUAUGCAUUUAGAAAGGGCUUUGGAAUUAGAAUUGGAAAAAGUAAGAGGCGAAGAGAUGAUUCAUUCUCUAUGAAAAGAUUUGUUUGUACAAAUGAGGGUUUUAAAGAUGAUAAGUGCAGGAAUAAUAGGCUGUAUGAGAGACUUAACAUAAGGACUGGUUGCUUAGCUUUUGUGCAGUUUAGUAUUGACCGUUCAGGUGUAUAUACAUGUACAAGACAUGAUAUGGUUCAUAAUCAUGAAAUGAUUCCUGUUGACAAGAGACAUUUAAUAAGGUCUCAAAGGGAUAUUUCUAAGGAACAUAUUAAUUUCAUUUCUACACUUAGAUUGAGUGGAGUUAAAGUUUUUGAUUCUUUAAGAGCUUUGAAGGAGGUUGGAGGGUCUCCUAACCUUUGUUUUACAGCUCCUGAUGCUUAUAAUGCUAUUUCUAUUGAAAAGAGAGCUAAACUUGAGGGAGGUGACAGCAAUCAACUAAUCAAAUUUUUUGCUAAGAGACAAAUUGAUGAAGCAGAUUUCUAUUAUGACUUUGAACAAGAUGAAAAUGGUGCAUUGGUUAAUUUCUUUUAG